AUGGGUUCUGAGCAGUAAGGGAGUGGGGGAAAGAACUUUUGUGACGAAACCUAGAAAGGAGUAUGAGUGUGUGUGUAGGAGAGAGAGAGUUAGAUACAAGGACAAGGUUGCUUUCACAGAGAUAAGGAGCACCUGUUGUGAAGAAGAAUGCCCACCAACUUCACAGUGGUGCCGGUAGAGGAUUGUAAUGCUUCCAGUUCAAACCAUGAUGGCAAUAACCCAGAUGAGGAGAGGCGAGAACUUUUGCUUGGACCUUCCUCGGGUAAUGAAACCUCUGGCGAGGAUAGUCCCUUCCUUAUUGUUCCUGAAUAUGACAGGAGCUGUGAUGGGAAAAACAUGGCACUCUUCGAGGAAGAAAUGGACAGUACUCCAAUGGUGUCGUCCCUCCUCAACAAGCUGGCCAAUUACACCAACCUGACUCAGGGACUUGUGGAUCAUGAGAAAGCUGAGAGUGAGGAUGGCGUUAAGAGGGUUGCUGUCAAGGGUCCUCAGAUGGGCACAUUUAUUGGUGUGUACCUGCCCUGUGUGCAAAACAUCUUGGGUGUGAUUUUGUUUCUGCGCCUCCCCUGGAUCGUAGGCACAGCUGGAAUUUUAGGCUCCUUUGCCAUCGUCUUCAUGUGCUGUGCUUGUACUUUGCUGACAGCAAUAUCUAUGAGUGCCAUAGCAACGAAUGGAAUGGUGCCAGCUGGUGGCUCGUAUUAUAUGAUCUCCAGGGCACUGGGUCCAGAGUUUGGAGGUGCUGUUGGGUUAUGCUUCUACCUUGGUACAACAUUUGCUGGAUCCAUGUACAUACUAGGCACCAUAGAGAUCCUUUUGAUGUACAUAGUGCCAAAUGGAGCUUUGUUUAAGGACUCGCUGAAUAACAUGCGGGUGUAUGGAACGUGCUGCUUGACCCUCAUGGCUCUGAUGGUAUUUGUUGGGGUCAGGUAUGUGAAUAAACUGGCACUGGUCUUUCUUUCCUGUGUGAUUCUGUCCAUUAUGGCCAUCUACGCUGGAGUAAUCAGAACUGUCAUCAGCCCUCCAGAUUUAGAAAUCUGUGUGCUGGGUAACCGCACACUAAAAAAUAUCGAAUUUGACAAAUGCAUGAAGACAGAAGUGAUGAACAACAUAACCUCUACAACAGACCUGUGGAAGCUGUUCUGUCAUUCACCUUUCCUCAACGCAACAUGUGAUGAAUACUUCACCUACAAUAAUUUAACCGAGAUCCGAGGCAUCCCAGGCCUGCUAAGUGGAGUAAUCACAGAUAAUUUAUGGGGAGAUUAUGGCUCCAGAGGGAUGAUGGUAGAGAAGAGAAACCAGGUGUUAGCUCCAGCAGAGAAUAGCAGAGACUAUCAGGGUACAUCGAGGAAUAUCAGCGACGACUUGCCAUAUGUCUACAAUGACAUCACCACUUUCUUCACAAUGAUGGUGGGCAUCUACUUCCCCUCAGUCACUGGGAUCAUGGCGGGAUCGAAUCGGUCUGGAGAUCUGAGGGAUGCUCAGAGGUCUAUCCCCAUUGGCACCAUUAUGGCCAUUAUUACCACUUCCAUCAUCUAUAUCUCUUGUGUGGUUUUGUUUGGGGCCUGCAUGGAGGGAGUGUUAUUGAGAGAUAAGUUUGGGCUCUCUGUGAAAGGAAGCCCAGUGAUCGGCACUCUGGCUUGGCCUUCACCUUGGGUGAUUGUGAUUGGCUCCUUCUUUUCUUGCUGUGGCGCAGGACUACAGAGCCUGAUUGGUGCCCCCAGGCUUCUGCAUGCCAUUGCACAUGAUGGAAUCAUUCCCUUCCUACAGAUAUUUGGUCACAGUAAAUCCAAUGGUGAGCCAACCUGGGCGUUGCUGCUGACUGUAGGAAUCUGUGAAAUUGGGAUUCUUAUUGCUUCUUUGGAUGCUGUUGCCCCCAUUCUUUCAAUGUUUUUCUUGAUGUGCUACCUCUUUGUAAACUUGGCCUGUGCUGUCCAAACACUGCUGUGCACCCCGAACUGGAGACCAAGAUUUAAAUUCUAUCACUGGAGUCUUUCAGUCCUGGGCAUGACUCUUUGUCUCUCUCUUAUGUUUGUUUCAUCCUGGUAUUAUGCCCUGGUGGCCAUGCUGAUUGCAGGAUGCAUAUAUAAAUACAUUGAAUACAGAGGGGCAGAGAAGGAGUGGGGAGAUGGAAUCAGAGGGCUGUCCCUAAAUGCUGCACGAUAUGCACUUAUCAAGUUAGAGCAAGCACCGCUCCAUACCAAGAACUGGAGGCCCCAGCUCCUGGUGUUGCUAACUCUUGAUGAUGAUUUGGCGGUGAAGCACCCACGGCUGCUCUCUUUCACGUCUCAGCUGAAGGCUGGGAAAGGCCUGACCAUUGUGUCUUCAGUGCUGCAGGGAACCUAUAUGAAGCGAAGUGCUGAUGCCAAAAGUGCAGAAAUGAAUGUAAAGGCAUCCAUGUCUGCAGAGAAAACAAAGGGCUUCUGUCACGUUGUGGUGUGCUCUAACUUGAGAGAUGGUUUCUCCAACUUGAUCCAGUCGGCUGGUCUGGGAGGCAUGAAGCACAAUACCCUCUUGAUGUCAUGGCCCAGAAACUGGAGACAGGCUGAGGAUGCAACCUCCUGGAAAAACUUUAUCGAGACAGUGAGAGAGACGACUGCUGCACACCAUGCUCUGCUUGUGGCAAAGAAUAUUGACGUUUUCCCAAGCAACACAGAGCGUCUGGCAGAGGGCACCAUUGAUGUGUGGUGGAUUGUCCAUGAUGGAGGCCUGCUCAUGCUGCUUCCGUUCUUACUCUGCCAGCACAAGGUGUGGAAAAAAUGUAAGAUGCGCAUCUUUACUGUGGCACAGCUGGAUGACAACAGCAUUCAGAUGAAGAAGGAUCUGCAGGUUUUCAUGUAUCAGCUGCGCCUUAACGCUGAAGUGGAGGUGGUAGAGCUGCAUGAAAGUGAUAUCUCAGCCUUUACCUAUGAGAGGACCUUAGUGAUGGAGCAGCGUUCUCAAAUGUUAAAACAGAUGCAGCUGUCCAAAACCGAGAGGGAAAGAGAGAUUCAAAGCAUUACAGAUGAAUCCAGGAGCUCCAUUAAAAGAAAGAAGCACACAAAGAGUCCAUCUCCUAACACUUUACAAGUGCCUGGCAUGGAAACCAUGGAGCGUGAGGCUCACAUGUUUCCUGAAAGGAAUUCUAAGAGCCAUGGUGGCCACCAAGAAAGGCACAGCCCUGAUUCUCAUCACAUCCACAUGACCUGGACCAAAGAUAAAUUUGCUGCUGAGAGGCACCGUAACCGUGAGGGUAACGCGGGCGUACGGGACAUCUUCAACAUGAAACCAGAGUGGGAGCACCUGAACCAGUCCAAUGUCAGAAGAAUGCACACUGCAGUCAGACUGAAUGAAGUUGUGGUCAACAAAUCCCAGAAUGCCCACCUUGUCUUGCUGAAUAUGCCUGGUCCACCUAAAAACAAGGAUGGUGAUGAGAACUACAUGGAAUUUUUGGAGGUGUUAAUGGAAGGUUUGGAGCGGGUUCUGCUUGUGCGAGGUGGAGGAAGAGAGGUCAUCACCAUCUACUCAUAAGUCACAGUGGAAAUGUUUCAGUACUCAGGGAAGUUAAAAAAAUAGGGAAUAUAAAUAAAAUCCUUUUAACCAUUCUGGGACAGUCGUUUAGACUGAUAUAAAAACGCCUCAUUUGGCCAAACAUUUUCUUUAAUCCAUAUAAAGCAUUUAUUUAUAUUUUGGUAGUAUGUCUCAUCUCAUCUCAUUAUCUGUAGCCACUUUAUCCUGUUCUACAGGGUUGCAGGCAAGCUGGAGCCUAUCCCAGCUGACUACGGGCGAAAGGCGGGGUACAUCAAUAACAUAAGUACAGUGUAAUAUUCUCAUUCUAAUGUAUACAAAGUAUUAGCACUGAUUUCACAACAGUCCUUCCUCACACACAUUUAUUCCAGUGUUAAUAUCCAAGUUUCAGUUCGUUGUUUAGAUUUAGUCCUAAUAUGUUUUAAGAAGGUGUCACUUUAAACUGAUGGUGCCUACUUUACAGCCUACUGUUCACAUUAUACACUUUUGUACUACAAUAAAAGUACAAUAAUAAUUGGACACUGAUAAACUAAGCUUUAAAAUCCCAUCUGUUCUACCAAUCGCAUAUUAAAAAUAUGUUGCCUUUAAUAAUAGAGUGCUUUCAGAAUAACAGAUUUUUCCAGAUUAUAAUUUUCUUCUGAUUCUGACUAUGACAGUAAGGAUGUGGUCACGUCUCACACAUAAAAUACCAAUCACCAAAUGUUUUGUUCAACACCAAAAUGCAGAUUUCAUAUUAUUAUUAUUAUUAUUAUUAUAAUAACAUUUUUUUUUAGAAAUAUUUCACAACAUUAUAUCUUUCGAACGUUAAAAAAAAUUUAAUAUGACAUUGAACAAAAGGCUUUUCUGGUCAUGCCAAAUAAUAUCAAAACCCUAAAUCUGUGGGGGCUGAUACUGAAUAUUAAUAUGAAAUUAAGGUAUUUUAUAUUACAUUGUAUUUUAUAUUAUAGUCUUUAUAUGUGUGUGUUGAAAGACAGUACAAUUAAUGGUGAUGUCAUUGAAAAUGUUUGUUUUUUCAUUGUUCCAUAUAUUUUGCUGCUAUUUUAAUAGGAAAGUGUUCGAUCCUAUUGGCUCUCAAAGGGUGUCAUUUCCUUACAAUUAAUUUAAACCACAAAAUCGGUGGUUGUGGACGAGUCAUCAUGAUGGACUGAAUGAUGUGCACGGAGGUGCAUGUUGCGUGCUGCUAGUAACCAUGUGUUAGUGAAAAAUCAGCAAUGAAGCUGAUGUGAUAGCAAACAAGUCAAGUUUGUCUGUAUAGCGCUUUUAACAAGAGACAUUGUUCCAAAGCAGCUUUACAGAAUCUGAAUGACCCAAGACAUGAGCCAAUUUUAUCCCUAAUCUAUCCCCGAUGAGCAAGCCCGUGGCGACAGUGCCAAGGAAAAGCUCCCUCAGACGACACAAGGAAGAAACCUCGAGAGGAACCAGACUCAAAAGGGAACCCAUCCUCACCUGGACAACAACAGACAACAUGACGAUAACAUUAACAGUUUUAACAUGAAGUCAGUUUCGUUGAUGUUAUAAACUCUUCAAUGAUGAAAACUUGAGUGCAAAACUGUUCAUGGCAACCACAGUCCCAAAGUUAGCAAGCCAACUGUAGUCCUCAGCCAUAAAAGCAUUACUGUAAGAGUCCAGAGCGUCUUCCAGGUGUGAGUUUCAACUGUCCAUAUGGGGCCGUCCUCCACAGGAGCGAUGUGAUGAGACUCCAACCAGACACAGGGCACCAGGAUGGAUCAGGCAGGUCUGAGGAGCAGAAGAGGUCAGCAUCUCGAUCCCAGGAUUGACAUAACUCAGAGGGACAGAUUUGGGGGGGGGGGGAAGUAAACACAGGUUGUUAGGUAUGCCCAGUGUCACCUGAAUAAGUAGGAACAGUAUACAUUUUGCACUGAGUACAAGCAGGGACUCCGGCAAAACUAACUAUGACAGCAUAACUAAAAGGGGAGAGCCAGAAGGUAACACAGGCAUGAGGGAGCCCCGGGACAUAAAGCAGCAGCCACUACCGUCAACAAACUCGAGUGAGCAAGCGAGUGGGGACUGACAGCAUCCAUACAUCCCAGUUUAACAAAACACUCUGUCUGAGGACCCUCCAGAUCUACACCUUUACCUCAUAAACACCAUUAACACAAGGCUUGACUAAACAGAUGUUUUCAGCUCGUGACCAUUCAGAAGAGCAAUAUAUUUGUAACUAGUUUAACUAACAGAUAAACUGUAGCGUAGAUAAAGAUGUACAGUGGUGCUUGAAAGUUUGUGAACCCUUUAGAAUUUUCUCUU